AUGAUUGGAGAUCCAGGUGUCAAUCCCGGAGCUCACGAGGGUGAUGUGAGGUCUCUGAGUAAUGGUAGAGCAGAGCUACUAGAUCAUAUCAAUAGGUUCGUCGAUGGGAAGGCUGGAGACCAUGCUCAAUCUAAUUUUGUCAGAAAAAUCGGCACUAUUCUUAACGAUAUAACAUUCAACACAUUGUGCAUUCAUCUGGAUAAUGUUGUACACGAUGCCGAUCAGAAACAUGUUCGCGAGUAUGGAAACUUAGCCAAAGAAACAAAAAUCCUAUUGGAAGUUGCGCUAAACGAGCUGUAUGAGGAAACUAUGGAAAGUAGUGCAAAAAUGUUGCUCGAGGAGCUGAAGUGUGCCAGAUUGGUGUUCUAUUCUCUGUAUAGAUGUAUUAGGCAAGGGAUUGCUGUUGGACAUUAUUUGGAUGAUAUCAGAGCAAAAUGUAUCCUCUGGAAUGGAGAAGUUGCAGAUGUGAAUGUUCACGAACUGAAGGUGUGUGUAAACAAUGUGAAAAAUCAGAUCGAGUCCUUCACCGACAGUCGCAAGAAGUUUGACGACACCGCCGUCACUGCAGAUCGCAUUAACCCCGAUCUCUUCGAGGACUCUAUUGUAAGUAUCACAGUAUCGUAUAUUAUUUCAUUAACUAACUAA